CUGGCGCAGGCUGAGACAAAGUUUAUUUCUGAUCGGAAGUUUGUCAUUUAUUUUAAAUCAUAGUGAUGAUUUCUCAUCGCGCCCCCUCCAGUGUUUAGGGACUGAAUAAUCGGAUCCUCUGAGCUGGUUUCUUGGGAAUAAAAAGAAGUGAUGUCGAGAGCGUUUCCAGAGAAAAGGAAAAGGAGGAUUCACCAGAAGCCGCUGCGCCCUCCUCCAUUUUUAUUAUGAUUUUUUUUUUUUUUUUUUUUUUUUACUGUGCGCACGGACGGGAAGGGGAGGGAAGAGGGGAGGAGGGCAGCGUCGGGCGUGCGCCCUCAGCAGACACUCGAGCUCAAAAGACACACGGCUCAUCCGCUCGCCUCCCCAUUGACGUCAGUCCGGUAUCACAUGAACGAGCAGGGACCAAUCGGCGCAGCGCUGCCGGAGAGAGCUGGCUCCUUCACACCGAGAUACAGGGGGGGAGAGAAGACCGAAUCAAAGGAAACGGAGCCAGGGAGCCUCGAACGAUCGUGAAAGCCCGCGGAGGAGCCGAGAGCCGCCGCCGUUGGACACCAGCCCGCGUCUGUCCCUCUUCUCCUGCGCUCCUCGCUCUGGAUUAUCGCUGCGUUUGGCACCGGGUGGACGCGCUGGAUAAGGCCAUGGCCUCGGCUUAUUGAGUCGCUCGUUCGGUGGUGGCGGCGGCUGCGGGGAGGAGGAAGGGGGGAGGAGGAGGAGGAGGCGAGACGCGCACUGUGGAGACAAUUCACGGGGCAUUGUGUGCGUGGAGGAAAAUGGUGGAUGGUUUUCUGGGGGAGACAUAAACGCGUCUGGGUGUCCCGCUGCUGAGACGGUCCGUCUCUGCGCCUCCAGGCUCCUCUCAAUCUGAGGUCGUGUUGUAGGUAGGUACCCCGUCCCCCCUCCUUCCUUCCUUCCUCCCCUCCCUCCCUGCCUCCCUCCAGCUCGAUCCCAACGACCUUAUCCGUUUCUAUUUUUUUAAAUAUUCAUGUCGGAUUCUUGUCGGAUCGUCGCGACGCGGACAGCCCCCCCUCUCUGAGAGCGACAUUUGGAAACAAUAAACAGUUGGAUUACUGAACUCAUGGAUUUUAACAGCGGCAGCGGCGGAGUAGGAGGAGGUGGAGGAGGAGGUGGUGGAGGAGGCAACGAGCUGCACAACAACCAGUUCUAUCAGUGCGAGGAGAACAAGCCUCUGCUGGGGGAGAUGUCGGAGGGGAAUAAUAACAACACGAAGCCCGGAGCGGGCCCCUGCAAGCGGAGCCUGCACCACUGCAGCAGCAGCGGGAUGCGAUACAAGCUGCUCCACGAGGGGGACAUCCAGGUGUGCGUGGUCAAGCACCCACGCACCUUCCUCAGCAAGAUCCUCACCUCCAAGUUCCUGCGGAGAUGGGAGCCGCACCACCUGACGCUGACGGACGGCAGCCUGACCUCGGCCACCCCUACCGGCUACAUGGAGACGCCAUUGUCCUACAGCUCCAUAGAGGACCUGCAGCUCCUCUCGUGGGACAACGCUCCCAAAUACUGCGUCCAGCUCAGCUUCCCCGGAGGCACCGUCCUGCUGCAGGCGGCCAACAGUUACCUACGGGACCAGUGGUUUCACUCGCUGCAGUGGAAGAAAAAGAUCUACAAGUACCGUAAGGUCCUGAACAACCCGAGCCGCUGGGACGUGGUGCUGAAGGAGAUCCGGGCGCUGGUGGACAUGGCGCUGACCUCGCCGCUGCAGGACGAGUCCAUCCACCAGGCGCCGCUGCACAUCAUCUCCACCCUGCUGGCCGAGAACUCAAACCUCAGCCCUCAGGACCACGAGAACAUCAUCGUGGCCAUCGCUCCUCUGCUGGAAAACAACCACCCGCCCCCGGACCUGUGUGAGUUCUUCUGUAAGCAUUGUCGUGAGCGGCCGCGGUCGAUGGUCGUGAUCGAGGUUUUCACCCCCGUCGUUCAGAGGAUCCUCAAACACAACAUGGACUUUGGGAAAUGUCCUCGUCUGCGUCUCUUCACUCAGGAGUACAUCCUGGCUCUGAACGAGCUCAACGCCGGCAUGGAGGUCGUCAAGAAGUUUGUCCACAGCAUGCACGGGCCCACGGGACAGUGUCCUCACCCUCGCGUCCUCCCGAACCUGGUGGCCGUGUGUCUGGCCGCCAUUUAUUCCUGUUACGAGGAGUUCAUCAACAGCCGGGACAACUCCCCGAGUCUGAAGGAGAUCAGGAACGGCUGCCAGCAGCAGAACGACCGGAAGCCUCCGAUGCCGCUUCGCCUGCUCCGCCCGGAGCCUCCGACGCCGCCGCCCGCCACCCUCCUGCCCCUGUCCGCCACCACGGGCGCCCCCCAGCCGCCCCUGUCCACCCCGACGAACCCUGUCCCCGCCCUGUCCUCCCCGCCGCCCUCCCUGCCCCUCUCCCCGCCGCCCUCCAUCGUCAACUCCAGCGAGAUCCUGGUGGAGCUGGAGCGCAACAACAACUCGGCCAACGCCGCCAAGAGGAAGGGCGGCCCUGCAGGGGGCGACAGCGAGCCCAACCUCAUCGACUGCCUCCUGGUCAGCCCGGCCGUCAACACCCUGUCCAUCCAGCUCCCGGCGCAGGCCGACCGCGUCCUGGGCUGCUUCGCCCUCAUCCUCAAGAUGCUGUCCGACUACGACGACUGGAGACCUGCUCUGGCCAGUCUGCUGCAGCCCAUCCCCUUCCCUAAAGACCUGACCUUUUUCUUUCGUCUGAACAGGGAACUGAAAUAUGUCAUCCAGAGGUUUGCGGAGGACCCGAGGCAGGAGGUCCACUCCUGUCUGCUGAGUGUGCGUUCAGGUAAAGACGGCUGGUUCCAGCUCUACAGUCCAGGAGGCGUGGCCUGCGACGACGACGGCGAGCUGUUUGCCAGCAUGGUUCACAUCCUGAUGGGUUCCUGCUAUAAGACCAAGAAGUUCCUGCUCUCUCUGGCUGAAAACAAGCUGGGCCCCUGCAUGCUGCUGGCCCUGCGUGGAAACCAGACCAUGGUGGAGAUCCUGUGCCUGAUGCUGGAGUACAACAUCAUCGAGAACAAAGACACUCAGCUGCAGAUCAUCUCCACCCUGGAGAGCACUCAGGUCGGCCUCCGGAUGUACGAGCAGCUCUGCGACCGACAGAGGGAACUCAAGGAACUGCAAAGAAAAGGAGGCCCCACCCGGCUGACGCUGCCCUCCAAGUCCACGGAUGCCGACCUGGCCCGCCUCCUGAGUUCGGGUUCCUUUGGGAACCUGGAGAACCUGAGUCUGGCCUUCACCAACGUCACCAGUGCCUGUGCUGAGCAGCUCAUCAAGCUGCCUUCACUCAAACAGCUCAACCUCUGGUCCACGCAGUUCGGGGAUGCAGGGCUCAGGUUGUUAUCGGAGCAUCUGGCCUGUCUCCAGGUCCUGAACCUGUGUGAGACGCCCGUCACCGACGCCGGCCUGUUGGCUCUCAGCUCCAUGAAGAGUCUGUGUAGUCUGAACAUGAACAGCACCAAGCUGACGGCCGACACAUACGAGGACCUCAAGGCCAAACUGCCCAACCUGAAAGAAGUGGACGUCCGGUACACGGAGGCCUGGUGAUGUCCCCCCCCCCCCCCCCGUAACACGACCACAACAUCAACACACACACACACACACACACACACACACACACACACACACACACACACCACCCGACAUCUACACGGUGACGCCGCCUCCAUCCAUGACAUCAUCAUUAGACCAGGAACCUCCUGAAGAAACGUCGUCGUCCUGGGACCUGAGGACACAUUCAGAUCAGAGGAGGAGGAGCAGGAGGAGGAGGAGGAGGAGGAGGAGGAGCCUUCAUCACCUUCAUCAGUGGGACCUCAGCAGAGACCUGAGGAUUUUACCAACGACAUAAGAGGACAUUUAGGAGACAUGUGACUGUACUGGGACUCUUCUCUUAGUCGUUACCCUUCAUCUUUCGUACAUUUUCAUAUUCGGUCUAAACCGACCUCCCUCCGCCUCCCUCCGCCUCCCUCCGCCUCCCUGCGCCUCCCUGCGCCUCCCUGCGCCUCCCUCCUCCUCCCUCCGCCUCCUCGCCCCCCCGGAGCUCCUCCCUCAUGGCCGGGCUCAGCUCCAGGUCUCCUCUGAUCCGGUCGGAUCCAGGACGUAGCUCCAGACAUCGGCCCCGUGGUGGAAGUUCUGCAGCUUCUUUCGUUUGGGAAACGGAGGUCGUCCCUCAGAGAGAAGAAGACUGUGCCUACUCCUCGUAUACGACACAAAAAAAAAAAAAAAGGUUUUUAUCAACUUGAAUUAACAUAUUUUUCCAGACAUCUGUGCUUUCAUAUAUUGUGUGUUUCUAUAUAAAACAUAUUUGAAGAUAACCGCCCCUCAGUUGUGACAUUUCUGGAGCUCUGCAGGAAACGGCGUCAUCUGUUCCUCGUGUGCUCUCAGUGUACGUACUGAACACCUCCCAUCACUAUUUAAUAGUUGUGUAGCAGUAGCUGGGUAGUCUGGGACUGCCUCCUAUUUAUAAGUUGUGUCUUUAAAUCCUCCUUUAACUCAGAAAUGAAGUCCCCAGGUCCCGGGUUCGUCUGCUUUUCUGCCUCAGAAAGCAGCGAUCCGUGCGUGGACCCAUCACCAGCUGAGAGUUGUAUAUUUUCAUAUCCUCUGCUUUUAUUUUCUUCUCGUUUCCGCCGCGGCUCUGUCCUGCAGACGCUUGGGAACAGAGGAAGGACACUCGCCAAACAUCUUCAGUGAGUUUAGUUGUGCUCUCGUUUCUCGUGGAGAAACUCCACCGCUGUUCGCCACCUGUUUUUAAUCAUCCUGCUGUAUUUAUAUUACGCCAUAAUGUUUUUUUUUUAAGAUGUCGUAAUUCUGAUUAGAGGAUAAUUAUUGUACAUAUUCAGUCACAUAAGGGACAAAAACAGUUUUGAGGGGGAAAAAGAAAAUGAGGCACCUUGAAUUUAAUCUACAUUCCCACCAAGUGAUGCCUGUUAGUGGAGACGAUGUUUGACACCAGAACCUCCUCCUCCUGCUCCUCCUGCUCCUCCUCGUCCUCCUCGUCCUCCUCCUCGUGCCCGUCCGGUGGCUUCUGGGUGGAUUUGUCUUUGAAAACACAGAAAGCAGGUUUUUAUUUAUUGGCGUGGGCCUGCAGGAUGCUCCAGAUGUUUUGUGGAGUCAGAGGACAGGAGGCGCUUUGUUUCCUAUUUAUUUGUGUGCCAUGACAAUUUCUUCUUCUUCUUUUUUUUUUUUUUUGUGGGGCCUGUAGGCCUGCGUACGGCCGCCCUCGGGCCCAGCUUUAGGACCUCAUAUCCUGUAUGAUGUACAUAUAUAUGAGUGUAUAUAGUCAUCUUCUACCUUCCUCUCUUUUUUGACUCCUUCCCUCCUUCGUCCCGUUUCUCUCGGCCUCUUAUCGGCGGCCGCUGUUGCCUUCAUCUUAAUGUGUGUGUGGUUGUUUUGUUGGUUUCUUCUUUUGUUUUUUCACACAGAAAAGUGCACUGUAAUCUUAAAAAUGUUUCAAUGCAUAUUAUCUUUUAGGUUUCCAAUGUUUCUUUGAUUUAAUCACUUUAAUCAAACAUUUGUUUCCUGUGUUAUUCUGUUUCUUGUUUUUUUUUUUUUUGCACAUAAAUGUUGCUGCGUCAUCUGAUGUUUUUAUUUAGUGUUUUUAUUUUUUUUCUUUUGUAAAAGUUUAAAAUAUAAUAAGGGUUUGAUCACUAUCGCACCGAGGUUAAGGACUGAAAUGGAGAGAUCCUAUAAGACUGUUCUGAUUGGUUGUUGCCAGGAUCUACCCGCGAGCCUAUUGGUCGAGGCAGUUCAUGUUUGAUUGAUAUUGAUUUUCUAUAAAAAAAAUAAUAAAAAAUAAAAAUAAUAAAAAUAAAAAAAGAAGAAAAAGGAAAAAAAAAAGCCAGUAAGAAACUUUGGCGCUUUUUGGACUGAAGCUGAGAUUUAUUAGUUUAAACGUGGCCAUUUUUUUAUAUUGAAGAAAAACCUGUUGUUCAGAUAAUCCGACCAGAGCUUUCUCAUCCCGACUUUAACCAACUUUCAUUUUAUCCCUCCUGUUUUUGGUUUCUGUUCGUUUUUUAAGUGAAUGUUUUAAAGGAGCAGUUCUUUUUGAAGAGAUGACGACCAAGAGAUGCUACAGCCAGCAGCUUAGCUUAGCUUAGCUUAGCUUAGCUUAGCUAAGCUAAGAUCAGAAGGUGAAGAGACUUUUUUUCCCCAAAUCUAUUAAAAUUUAAAUCGAAACUUUUCUGUUAAUGCCAGUUUUUAACCAUGCAUUUAUUUUUUUUUUUAAGUUUCUAGAAUCGAAAUAUUGCAUUGUGGUCUAUUUAGACCAGUUUAACCUGCAGGAUUUCACAUUUAAUCCCCCAAAAAUAGUUGUAAUGUCCCAAACAACGAGCUGAAACUAAAGCCACUGGACUUCUACAGAUGUUCCAGUUAAAACCUAAACUCCUCACGGGUGAAACCUCUUUGAGAAACCCAGCAUGUCCAGCUGCUUGUUAGCCGUUGUCUAGUUCUUUGCUAAGCUAACUAGCUUCUGGCUGUAGCCUGGGAUGUUUUGGUUUGUCAUCCAGAGUGAAAGGGAACGAACGUUAUUUUUUCCCAGAACUCUUCCUUUAAAGCAGAUUUCAGGCGACGUUGAGCUGCCGCUUUCCAAACUGUGAGUGUGGAGUCCAGGAGGUUCUAAUGGAAGGUUCUUAUUUUUAUUUCAUUUUAUUUUUAGUGUUUACCGUAGGCCGUGUGAUGGUUGAAUAAAAACUCCUCUCCUGUUCGGUCUCUGUAUCCUGUGGAGCUCACUGCGACUUAUUUUAUUUUUUUUAAUGUUCAUUUUUUCAUUCUAAACUGUAAAAGCUUCGUCUUUCACAGUUUUCAUUCAAGGAACAGACUGAAAACAAUCGACUAUUUCCCAUUCCUUGUCGUAAAAAUCUCUUGUGGCAGCUGGAAAGAGGCGCCAUCAUGUUUCUCUCUCUUUCAGUCGCAUUGAUCUGCUUCUCCUGCUGGGUUAUUAUUCUUCUCCUUAUUAUUAUUAUUCUUAUUAUUCUUAUUAUUAUUGCUGCUGCUGCUGCUCUGUGGCUGUUGUAAUAAAAUAACAAAAAGAUCUUCAACAGGAAAAUUAACAACUACGAUGUGAAAUAAUUUCAAUCAAAAAUAAAUUGUCUGUGAAUAUUG